GAAUGAUGGCGGCGGACGGUGAGAGACGCGGUGCGUGUGCUGCAAGUAAACAAGAGCAAAGCAGAAGCCAGAUUUCACAUCAUGCAAGACAAAUGGAUGCUUUCAGAGAUUGUGUUACCUCUAUUGUCGAGUCCCUCGCCGACCUUGGAGCAAAGUUGAAACUAGGGGAUAAAGCAUUGAGAAUCAGUACCAGUGUCAACAAUGUGAACAUCUCUGAGCAUCAGCCAUCUCAUGUGUACUCCUGUUUACAACAGCACAUCUCCAAACUACAGUCGGUCUCUGAGAGUCUGAAGCAAAUAGUGGAGUCUGAAGCAAAUAACUGUACAAAUUCCAACCCAGACGUCAGUGAAGGGGAAGAAACUGCUCAUACAUCUGAGCAGAUGGUUACUGAUGAUCCUCUUACAUCUGACCACUGCCCUGCCCUUAAGGAUCGAAACAGGACUCAAAUCGAUGAUAACGUGCAGAUCAAGGCUGCUAAAUCAGAGAUUGAACGUAGGAUAUCUGCAUUUAUAGAGCGCAAACAGCUGGAGAUCAAUGAAAACAAUGUGAGGGAGUUUUGCAACGUGAUCGACUGCAAUCAGGAAGACAGCUGUGCAAGAACUGAUGCAGUCUUUACACCAUAUCCUGGUUUCAAGAGUCAUGUUAAAGUGACUCGUGUUAUAAAUACAUACGGACCCCAAACCAGAGGGGCACAUGCUGAUCUGGGAGAGCAGCCGCAGGGAUCAAUCAACCGAGACUGUGGAAACUCUGCCGUUGAGGAGAGGCUCCACAACAUGGAAUCUCACCUUAAACUUCCACCAGGUCCAGUUCCACAAAGCGUUUAUCAGCGACUAAAGAAACUUGAAGAUCGAAUUCUGGAGCUCGAGGGUCUUUCCCCGGAGUACUUCCACUCCACAAAUUACUCGCACAAACGACCUAAAGCCUCAAUGUCGCAGAACUACAGUCUGGCUGAGCUCGAUGGGAAGAUCAGUGCCGUCAAAGCUGCCUUGAUGAAGAAAAGCAACGAAUUCCAGUCCGCAAACGCAGAGUUUUCAUACUGACACAUGCACUUUUGCUUUCUAUGUUUUUUUUCUUUCUCGUCAGGAAUUCAUCCUUUUGGUCAUGUGGAGAACUGAGCAUUUCAGAGAGCGUGUCAGUGAAUAUGUUAUAUCUAUAAAAAUGUAUGUAAAACGUUUAGUUUUUUCAUACAUGUGUCGUAUUGUUUCUUUUGUACAUCGCUUAUGUAAAUAAAUGUGCAUCUGAUUUGA